UUCAUUACAGACUCGGAUGAAAGGAGGGUCUACACUUCUUCUUGACGAGGUUCUGUCAGAGCGUUGCAACCUCUUCAACGACCAAAGAUAGUCGGAUAGCUCUCAUAUUAUAUAUCUCAAAAAUCCAAAUGGCUGCUUAUAAGAUUGUUCUCAUUCGACAUGGCGAGAGCUGCUGGAACCAAGAGAAUCGCUUCUGUGGAUGGUUCGACGCAGACCUGAGCGAGACAGGGGCUCAGGAGGCAAAGAGAGGCGGUCAAGCUUUAAAAGAUGCAGGGUUCGAGUUUGACAUUUGUUACACGUCGGUGCUGAAGAGAGCCAUCCGGACGCUAUGGAUCGUCCUGGACAGCAUCGAUCAAAUGUGGCUGCCUGUACACAGGACCUGGCGGUUGAAUGAACGCCAUUAUGGUGGUCUCACUGGUUUAAACAAGGCCGAGACCGCUGCCAGGCAUGGUGAAGCCCAGGUUAAGAUUUGGAGGCGCUCCUAUGACAUCCCACCACCAGUCAUGGAUGCAGAUCAUGACUUUUACUGCGUCAUCAGCAAGGAUAGACGUUAUUCUGACUUGACUGAGGACCAGCUGCCAUCCUGUGAGAGUCUGAAGGACACUAUUGCACGAGCGCUACCAUUCUGGAACGAGGAGAUCGUGCCUCAAAUCAAGGAGGGAAAGAGAGUGUUGAUUGCUGCUCAUGGAAACAGUUUGAGAGGGAUUGUGAAACACUUAGAAGGUAUGUCUGAGGAAGCCAUCAUGGAGCUGAAUCUGCCCACGGGCAUCCCUAUACUUUAUGAGCUGGACAAGAACCUGAAGCCUAUCAAGCCCAUGCAAUUCCUUGGAGAUGAGGAAACUGUUCGCAAGGCCAUGGAGGCUGUGGCUGCCCAGGGCAAAGCAAAUAAAAAAUAAGAGUAUUUACUUGAAAUAUUUUAAAUUAUACAUUAGCAGUGAAUUGCUUUAAACGGUUAAAUGUUCAACAAGGCAGAGUUCUAUAUGAGAUUAAAAGUUGUGUGUACAAGUUUAUAUAAAUAUAUAUGUAACUAACUCUUAAUUUUAGAAUAUUUGGAUCGUUACUAAUAUUUAUUGUUUAAACAUUUUUUCAAGGGCCACAUUUAGUUUUUUCAUUUGUGCUAGACAUUCCUUUAGAGAAGUAAUUGACUCCACUUUAUUUUGACAAGAAUAUGUUUGGUGAAGCUUUAUUGACUUCGUUUCGACCAUUUACAUUUCUUAAAAGCCUGUUUUGUUCUGAAUGGGUAUCAUAAAUCUGUUGCCUUUCAUAUAA